AGUAGCGACGUUAGAAACAAGCAGCUCGCUUUUUCAAGGGACUAACUGGACAGAAAACACCACUUGUGAUGUAAGGCCGCUGUUCCACACGCUGAGGAAAGAUAUGCCUUAAUGUAUUUCAUACGUGAGGCCAGCAUUAGGGAGACGAGUUCUCUUCCGUACGUCAUCCAGAUGAGGCAUGCUAGAAGUAUGCAGCCCAUGUACAGAAGAAAUGCUGGAGUCUGGCACCAAACAAGAAGUCUCCUCUACAAGAAUCUGCUCAUCAAAUGGAGGACCAAGCAACAGAGUCUCCAGGAGCUGAUCCUACCUCUGCUCCUGUUGGGUCUCCUGAUUCUCAUCAGCACCCUCAAUCCUCACGUCUAUUAUGGAGGCAUCAGCACCAUGGAGCUGGAGCGUGACGACCACUUCUUCAAGGGCCUGGGCUACACGCCCAUCACCAACAUCACCAACCACAUCAUGGAGGAGGUGGCCCAGGAGAUGCACCUGCAGGAUCGCCUGGAGAUGUUUGCCAGUGAGGAGGACCUGGAGAACGCCAGCCUGUACGAGCCCUCCAGCUACGUCGGUGUUGUGUUCAUGGACAGCUUGGCCACGUCUUACAGGCUGCGCUUCCCGUACAACCAGCUGCCCUUACCCAGCGACUACACAGAAUCCAUCGCCAACUGUUUCACCAGCUCGGUGAACUGCAGAGCAGCUAAUUACUGGUACUCUGGCUUCAUCCGCCUCCAGUCUCUGAUCGAUGCAGCCAUCAUUCAGAUGCAGACGAAGCGCUCAGUGUGGAGCGAGAUGGACCUGAAGGUCGUCAUGAUGGGUCAGCCAGGCUCCGUGGAGGUGCAGAAAUUCCCCCACGCCCUCAUCUCAAUCUACCUGGUCCUGGCCUUCACACCCUUCGUCACCUUCCUCAUCGUCAACGUGGCAGCUGAGAAGGAGCAUCGCCUCAAAGACACCAUGACCAUGAUGGGGCUGUAUGACACCGCUUUCUGGUUGUCGUGGGGCCUCCUGUACGCCGCUCUGGUGACCACCAUGUCCAUCCUGAUGUCCAUCAUCGCCACGUAUACGGCCCUGUUCCCUAACAGCGACUUCUUCGUUAUCUUCUUCCUCAUCUUCCUCUAUGGAAUAUCAUCAAUCUUUUUCUCCUUCAUGCUGACUCCGUUAUUCAAGAAGCCAAAGUUUGCCAGCACUGUGGGCUCCAUGCUGACAGUGGUGUUUGGCUGCCUGUCACUGUUCACCGUGCUGAUGAAGGACUUCCCUCAGCCACUCGUCUGGCUUCUCUGCCUGCUCUCCCCCAGCGCCUUCUCCAUCGGGAUAGCUCAGGUGGUUUACCUGGAGGCUCAGGGAGACGGGGCUGUGUUUUCCUCCCUGGCCAACGGCCCUCAUCCUCUUUACGUUCCCCUGCUCAUGCUGGUGUUGGACUGCAUCCUCUACCUUCUGUUGGCCAUUUACCUGGACCAGGUACUGCCUGGGGAGUUUGGGAUGAGGAGGUCCUUGGUGUACUUCCUGAAGCCGUCCUAUUGGUCCAAACGCAGAAAGCGCUACGUUGAAGUGAGCUCAGUGUACGACACGGAGGUGAAAGGCGCUCCUGGUGGGGACGAGUGUGUCGAGCCGGUUUCACCUGAGUUCAGAGGGAAAGAAGCCAUCCGCAUCAAUAACAUCCAGAAAGUGUACAAGGAGAAGGACAACGUGGUGGAGGCUCUGAGAGGUUUGACGUUCGACAUCUACGAGGGUCAGAUCACGGCUCUGCUGGGACACAGUGGGGCAGGAAAGUCCACUCUCAUGAACAUCCUGUGCGGCAUCUGCCCGCCCACCAACGGCUCGGCCACCAUCUACGGCUCCCCCGUGGCAGAGAUCGCAGACGGGUCAGAGAUGAAGCAGCUGGUGGGGAUUUGCCCUCAGUUCAACAUCAUCUUUGACGUGCUCACUGUGGAGGAGCACCUCAGGAUAUUUGCUGCCAUCAAAGGGAUCCCGCCGUCAGACAUCGACGCUGAGGUUACCAAAGUGCUGAAGGAUCUGGACCUGGAGAAGAUCAUGACUGCUCAGGCAAAGAAUCUGAGUGGAGGCCAAAAGAGGAAGCUCUCCGUGGGCAUCGCCAUUCUCGGAGAUCCUAAGAUCCUGCUCCUGGACGAGCCCACAGCAGGCAUGGACCCCUGCUCCAGACACCAGGUGUGGUCACUGCUGAAGAGCCGCAGAGCCGGCAGGGUCACCGUCCUCAGCACGCACUACAUGGAUGAGGCUGACAUUCUAGCUGAUCGUAAAGCUGUGAUCUCUCAAGGACAGCUCAAAUGUGUUGGCUCCUCUCUGUAUCUCAAGGUUAAGUGUGGCGUUGGAUAUCAUCUCAGGAUGUCUAUCAAUGAGAGAUGUGAAGCCGAAAAAAUCACCUCACUGGUCAAGCAACACGUUUCCAAAGCAAAGCUGUCUCGACAACACGAGGCAGAGUUAACAUUCACUCUGCCUUUUGAGAGCAUGGACACGUUUCCAGGCCUGUUCUCAGAGCUCGACCAUCAACCCAAUCUGGGAGUUAUCAACUAUGGGGUUUCCAUGACAACACUGGAGGAUGUAUUCCUUCGUUUGGAGGCGGAGGCUGAAGUGGACCAGGCUGACUACAGUGUGUUUAAUCGGGAGCAGGCGGAGGACGAAUGUGACAACGCCUCUCUGGACGAUACUGACCAGCGGCUGCUAACGUUCUCAGACAGCAAGUCAGACAUCGUGUCGGGUCACGCUCUGUGGCGGCAGCAGUUCAGCACCGUGGCCUGGCUGCACAUGCUCAACAUGCGCAGGGAGAGGAAGGCCUUCGUCUACACCCUGGCCUUGUUCCUGGUGUUUGUGGCCGCGGUGCUCGUCCUGUCUCUGGCCACAGGAAACAUCCAGAUUCACUCCCCAGACCGUCAGUUUCUGCCCAUUUACCUUCUCAAAAGGAACCAGUCGCCGCGGAGAUACGCCACCAGCCUCCUGGUUCAGAACUCCUCAGGCUCUGAUAUUUCUGACUUCGUCCACAACCUGGAGUCUCAGGACAUCAAAGUGGACAUGAUGAAACACAGCGACUACAUGGCCGCGGCUCCUCACAGCGCCGCCAUCAACGUUACAGGAUCCAGCAAGGGUUUCAGAUACAGUGUUGCGUUCAACAGCACCACAGUUCACUCCUUGCCUAUGGCGGUCAAUAUACUGAGCAACGCUCUUCUGAGGGGUCUGAAUGGCAGCGGACAGAUCAGAACGUGGACCAAACCAUUUGAUUAUCAAAUCCCAGAUGCCACGUCCUACGCUCUGGUGUACAUAGAGGCCAUCAUACUGGGAAUGCUGGCAGCUGGAAUGCCUGCAUAUUUUGCAAUGGACCACACUCGAGACAGAGAGAUCAAGUGUCGCUCAACACUGCGUAUCUCCGGUCUGGUGCCGUCGGCCUACUGGUGUGGCCAGGCAGCCGUGGACAUCCCCUUCUACUACCUCAUCCUCUCCUGCAUGACCAUCAUCCUCUUCUCCUUCCACACUGGAAACCUGCUCACCUCCAGCAACCUCACCGCUGUGGUCCUGUGUAUCGUCGGCUUUGGUCCAGCCAUGAUCCUCUUCACCUACGUGUUUUCUUUUGGCUUCGCUCGAGUCCAAAGCAACAGGGAUUUCUUCUCUGUCAUCUCCAUGAUGGUGUGUGUGGUGUCAGCGUCACUGGUUCAGUUGUCAUUUGUGAAUGACAACCCUGGACUGACCAGAAACCUGCACAACAUCUUGUGUUUCUUCAACCCUCUGUACCCCCUCAUGGGCUGCCUCAACUGCAUCACCAAGGCGACCUUCCUCCCCUCUCUGUACGAGGAGAACUUCCUGUGGAAAAACCUGCUCAUUGCGGUCAUAGCUCCGUAUAUGCAGUGCAUCCUGCUGCUCUGCCUGCUGCGCUGGCUGGAGAUCCAUUACGGAGGCAAAACAGUGAAAAGCGAUCAGUUCUGCAGGAUCUCGUCCAAGUCGAAGCCCAAAGUGGAGAAAAACCCAGAAGAAGGGCUGAAUGAGGAUGAGGAUGUUCAGAUGGAGAAGGCCAGAGUGAAGGAGGCCCUCACCUGCCAGUCCUGUGAGGAGAAGCCGGCUGUGGUUGUGAGUAACCUGAGGAAACAGUACAAAGGCAGAAGAGAAGGAUUUUCUCUCAACAAGAGGAGGAAAGUGGCCACAAAGAACGUCUCUUUCUGUGUUCGCAAAGGUGAAGUUCUCGGACUGUUGGGCCCCAACGGAGCAGGAAAGAGCACCAUCAUGCACAUGUUGUCAGGUGACACUGACCCCACUGCAGGACAGGUGCUGAUGGGGGACUACAGCACAGAGUUUCGUCCGGUGGACAGUCCCGUGGAACAUGUGGGCUACUGUCCUCAGGUGAACCCUCUGUGGCCCAGGAUCACUCUGCAGGAGCACCUGGAGAUCUACGCCGCCAUCAAGGGCCUGAAAGGACAGGACGUACCAGGGAUCAUCAAACGUGUGGUGAACGCUCUGGAGCUGAAGGACCACCUGAACAAACAAGCCAAGACCCUGUCAGCGGGACUCAAGAGGAAGCUGUGCUUCGCCCUGAGUAUGAUCGGGAAUCCUCAGAUCGUCCUGCUGGAUGAGCCGUCAUCAGGGAUGGACCCCAAAUCCAAACAGCGCAUGUGGAGAGCCAUACGUGCUGCCUUCAAGAACCGCCAGCGGGGAGCCGUCCUCACCACACACUACAUGGAGGAGGCCGAAGCCGUGUGUGACCGCGUAGCCAUCAUGGUGUCCGGCCAGCUGAGGUGUAUCGGCUCCAUCCAACAUUUAAAAGGGAAGUACGGUCGAGGUUACAGUUUGGAGGUGAAACUCCGAGAGGAGCUGACGGGGCUCCAGCAGGUGGCGCUGCUGCACAAAGAGAUCCUCCGCAUCUUUCCUCACGCCGCCCGGCAGGAGAGCUUUGCUACUCUGAUGGUUUACAAGAUCCCCAUGGAGGACGUCAAGUCACUGGCCAAGUCUUUCUCUCAGUUAGAGAGUGCAAAACAAACGUUCAACUUUGAAGAGUACAACUUCUCCCAGUCGACCUUGGAGCAGGUCUUCAUGGAGUUUGCCAAGGAGCAGGAGAACGAGGAGGACGAGGUCGGCUCGCUCAGCACAACUUUCCAGUGGCAGCGUCUGCGGCAGGACGGCUCCGCCCCCGUCAACCACACAGACAGCAUCGUGCACCAGCUUUGAACUCCAGCCAAGAGGGAGCAGGCUGGUGACUGACCAGGACCGACCUGCCGGGCCUCAGCGCCUGACGGCUCACGCCAGCACUCGCCCCCGCUCCACGCAAACCGACGCCCACCGCCGUUAAGUGAAUGGGACAGAGCUGUGUGGGCGCUGGCACACACUGGCUCUGACUGAGUGUGUGUGUGUGUGUGUGUGUGUGUGUGUGUGUGUGUGUGUGUUUUUGAGUGUUUGGGCUCCGGGCUGUUAACGGCCUCCUUCUCCAGGUCUGAGGUGUGCAUGUGUGUGACCCUCGUCCACUGGUGCUCCGUGUUUUCUGAAUCGCGCUGACCGAGGGGGGCCGCGGUCUUUCUCGACACGCCGAUGUGACACCUACUCCUCUUUCUAAUGGUGUUUUUUAUCUUCACAGGGAGUCAGUCAAAGGAAAAUAUAUAUCUAUAAAUAAUAUAUAAUAUUUAUGCUUUGUAAUCAUGUGUUCUCCUCUGCUCGGAGGUGUUACAGUAAGUGUGUGUUUUCGUCUGUUGUGUUUGUGAAACCGUUUAUUUUUUUUUUUACCAGAACUGGGAUCCAUCCACAAUCGUACCAAAGCAGCACAUCUCUGAACCACACACCACCACACCUCCUCACUAACUGACACGUCUCUAUUUGUUGUUUGGUGUCAGUAGCAUGUGCACAGAUGGAUCAGUAUCGACGAGGGGAAGAUUGUGAGAACACAUGACCUUCACUGAGCCCUCGACUUAACAAGCCCCUCUCCUCAUGUUACACCAGCAUGCACACCUUAACGUCCACGCUCACAUUAAACGUCCUUCAGGACUGACUGUUGGUUAUCGAGGAGGCUGGGUAUAUUUAGACAUGGCAGACAGACGCGGAUGUUGGGAUGAGGGUUGUUGGGUCGCUGUGGCCUUUCUCUCUGCAGGUUUGAACCCAUAUGUGAACGUAGUGUAGAAUAUGCACUCCAGUACAUGUAGCACACUGCCCUCGUCAGACGUUAGCCGGGGCUGAUGACCUCAGCGGUGGAGAGGUGGAGCUCGAGGUUGCGUUCGCAUGCAGACGGGGCUUUUUGAAGCGGUUUGACGACGAAGAUUUUUUGAUGUUUGAAUGUACGUUUGGCUCCAGACGUCACCCUGUUUCACUUUGGUGCCACUUUGAAUCACGCAGCUGUUGUUUUAACUCUGUGUGUGAGCGAGUGUGUGUGUGUGUGUGUGUAUGUGUUGUAUAUCUGUACACGCAGGUGGGUUGUUGGUGCAACACUGAUUAAACCGAUAAAUUGUAAUUUUUCCAUGACGUUCAGAUGAGAGGAUGAAAGGGUUAAAGGGAAUUUAAGACACUUUGAGAAACGCUCGACAUGUUGGGUCGAGUUUUAUUUUGUCAGCGACCGUACAUCAGUGUGGGAGGAUGAGAUUAGUCCUGAAGAGCUAACUGAACAUCUGUCACUAUCACCGUUAGUCCACUGGGUCGGUUGGACACAAGGAGGUGGACAAAAUAACAGGAACAGCUGAUAAAAUAUGGAGAUGGAUUUGUUUCAGAGUUAUUUAGGUGAACAGAUCGACGGUCUGUGUGUUAAAGGGACAGUUCAGAUGUUUUGAAGUGUGGUUGUGUGAGGUGCUUCUCAGUCAGUGUGUUACCUACAGGAGAUGUCAGUUGACACGUCUCCAGUUUGGAGAAGCAGGCACAGAAUCUAAACAAUGCUCUCCUGUAGACAGUCGGCAACAUUUAUUUUAACCUCCUAAAAAAAAUCAAUAUCACCGUGUUACUGAGAGCAUUUUCACCACUUUGUCUUUCUGUCAGAAAGCUUGUUUUGAUGGGAAAGCUGUGAACAGUGUCAGUUGCCAUGUUUGCUCUCGUCAAAGCCACCAGACUCCAUUUAGAAAAACAGUAAUUUUAUCUCUCUGAACACAGGAGCUGCUGGUCGACUGCUGCCUCCAUCAGUUUGUGUUAUUGUGUGACUUUGGUGAAUCUGAAUUAACCCUUUAAAACACCAAAGUCACACAGUAACGCAAACUAACCAACCAACAGAGGCAGCAGUCGACCAGCAGCUCCUGUGUUCACAGACGUUAAAUCAGGUGAAUUAAGGUGAAGCAGUGAAAAUAUUCUGAAUAUAAUGAACACUUAAAGUGAUGUUUUACUUAAGUGGAACUUUUUUAAGUGUCUAAAGUACGUUUUGUUUCCGUGCACCUGCUGCUGCAUCUGUGUCCUGCUGUGGACAGCUGUCCACAGCAGGACAUUGUUUAGCUUCAGUGUCAGACUCUCCGACUGACACCUACUGUAGUAACACACUGAUUAUGCAGAAGUAUCUCAUACAACCCCACUUUAAAAAGUCUGAACUAUCCCUUUAAUGUGUAAUCUGUAAAUAUAAUACAAAAAUCUACAAAAACAAUUAAACAGAAAACACUAAAUUUAAAACAGAUCUGCAAAUACAGAUUCCACAAAUAAAAAAUAACUGAAUAAAUUUGAUUUAAAAAUAAAUGACAAACAUUUGUGAACAUUUAUCCAACAUUAAUAACUUUGAAACAGAUAUUUGUGAAUCUGAGUUGUGUGAUUGUGAAUUUGCAUUUUAGGUUCACUGAGACAUUUUUUAUGCCUCUGCGCUGGCGACAGCUGCGGCUGGAGACGCUGUGUUUUCAGCUUGUUUCCAUCCGUCCGUUCCAUUCUCAUGAAUGAGAGGGUCUUGAGGGGAUUUCUAUAAAUUUGGCACAAACGUUUCCUCAGACUCACCAAUGAGCUGAUUUGAUUUUGAUGGUCAGAAGUCACUGUGACCUUAAGUCUCAUUCUUGUGACCGCGAUAUCUGAACAACACCUUGAGGGAAUGUCUUAAAAUUUGGCACAAACGUCAACUUGGACUGAAGAA